AUGGCAGAGGUGAAGGCUGCUGAGCUGUCUGUCACCUGUUUCAUGCUUCUUCACGGCUUUGUGGCGGCUUUGAACUGCACCAGCCCAACUCCUGUCGCCCUGAUCGACGAGCUUGAGAAAAACUUGUUCAGUAAAAAAUGGGUGCGUCCCGUCAAAAGCUUUUCAGAUCCAUUGAACAUAUCGCUCAGUAUCACUGUCGUGGGAAUUUUAGGACUGGAUGAAAAAUCCCAAACCCUGUCUUCAGUCUUAUGGCAGGACCUGGAGUGGGAUAUUGAGGGACUGAAGUGGGAUGAGAAGGAAUGUGGUGCUGAAAGAGUUUCUGUCCUUCGGGAAAAGCUUUGGAUCCCAGAUAUUGACAUCACAGAGGCCCUGGAAGAGGUCAGCUCUACCAAAACUCCCUAUGUCUACUUAUACAACACCGGUCAUGUAUAUGAUGAUCAGCCAAUCAAAGUGGUCACUUCUUGCCAAUUAGGAAUCUACACCUUUCCCUUUGACAUCCAAAACUGCUCGUUGACCUUUGGAUCAUACCUACACUUUGCUGAGGAUAUUAAGAUGAUUCAAGGCACCACAGCUGAAGACAUCCUGAAGGCGUCUAGAAAAGUGUUGGAGACCAAUGGGGAGUGGGAGCUCACAAAUGUCAGCGUAGCUGAUUCCACCCUGGAAAUAGGAGAUAGCUACUCUCAGAUCACAUACUAUAUCAUUCUAAGACGGAGACCAUUCCUCUACGUAGUGAACCUCUUGAUCCCCAGCUGCUUCCUCGUCACAGUGGACCUCUUCAGCUUCGUGCUGCCCCCACAGAGCGUGGACAGAUCGGCCUUCAAGAUGACCCUCAUCCUGGGUUACACCGUCUUCCUCCUCAUCAUGAACGACCUGCUGCCUGCCACUGGGGAGACAACACCACUCAUUAAUGUUUUCUUCUCCAUCAGUCUGGCCCUGAUGGUGGCCAGCCUGUUGGAGACCCUGUUCAUCACAAACAUUCAGUUCAAGUCCAGCGAGUACAGUGCAGUGCCGCGCUGGCUCAGCGUCCUCGUGUUACAUUUUCUUGCUGUUCUUGUUUGCAUCCCUCCAAAGGAAAGGAGCAGCCGGGUCACAGUCUCCCUCAGUCAGCCUCACCGAGUACAAUCAACAAACAGCAGUGCUGUAAACCUCCCAGACCAUCAGAGCAUUUCUUGUGUUACACUUCCAGUAAAAACAGCUCCAACUUCUCCGGUCCUUCCGGAGCCGGCUCUGGAUGAACUGAGGCAGCUAAGGAGAGAUGUCACAGCCAUCCGACUGCAGAUGGACAAAUACUUUGAAGGUAACAAAGCGGCCCAGGAGUGGGAAAUGAUUGGGAGAGUGAUCGAUCGUCUGCUGUUUGGCUUGUACAUCGUCUUCAUCCUCGUGAGCUUCGUCACAAUAAUAAGCAUCUGGGUAUGGAAUAAUUCAUUUGCAAAAUGA